AUGGACUUAUUUAAUAUCGAUUCGGAAACAGUGUCCGUACUUGCCAAAAUGGACGACAAAGAUCUCUCUUCUCUCUCAACGACACUCGAUGAAUCUACGAUGGACGGAGACAUUGAGUUAAAUAUCUAUAUUUGUUUCACUAUCUUCCGAAAAACACAAUCGCCGGAAAAACUUCAGCAAGCUAUCCAGCGAACGGAUGCUUGGAAUGCAACACUAGCUAUGGAUCAUCCCGAUCGCCUUCGACGGCGUCAAAUCGGUGAUAUGCUGUUAGCCUGGAAAAACCAGUUUGUUUCGGUUCUGGUUUCAAGAAAUGGCUACUUGAAUCUGCUUGGAAAUAUAUUUCGUUCGCGGUUUAAGUGGACACAUUCGAUUGAUAACCUGAAUCGAGCUGUUGAACUGGCGAAAAUGGCGGUAAAUGCCACCCCUCAAAGCAAUCCUCGUCGAGCUGCUUUCUUACUUAACCUUGGAAUCACUCUCGACAUGCGAUUUGAGCGGACUGGCUCAAUGGACGAUAUAAAUCAUGCCGUUGAAGUUGCGGACUUUUCAAUAAAAAUCGCAAGCCCGGACGACCGCGGUCUAUCUUGGAUGUCAAGUAGCUUUGCGCAUAUUCUUGGUAGACGAUCUGAACGAACGGGGUCUUUGGAUGAUUUGAAUCGUGCUAUUGAAGCGUCGCAAAGGGCAGUGGACAUUUUACCCCAAGUCCACUCUCAUCGAGCUGUUAGGUUAAAUAACCUUGGGAAUUUGCUCGGUAAACGAUUUGAACGAACGGCAGUUGAUAUGGCGUGGUUAAGUAACCUUGGAAGCUGGCUGAGCAUACGAUCUAGAAAAACCUCGUCUAUAAUAAAUGCUGUAUCUCAAGACCACCCUGACCGAAUCACAUAUUUGAAUAAUCUUUCGAAUUGUUUGAUCACGCGAUUUUAUCACACGGCUCAAAUGAACGAUCUGAAUCGCGCCAUUUCUUUCCUAGAUGGGGUAGUAAAUGGAAUAUCCCAAGACCACCCUAGCCGAAUCUUAUGUAUGGGUAGUUUUGCAAAGUCUUUGUUGUCGCGAUUUGAGAAGACGGAUUCGAUAGACGACCUCAACCGUGCGCUCUCCUCUUUCAAUGACGGCUGGAAUUGCCAUACUGCUUCACCCUCUGAUCGCAUUAAAAUGGCUAAGGGAGCAGCUCCACUAAGCCAGUUACUAAGGGAAGCACAUACCGACAAGCAGCAUAUGCUCGCAGAAUUCUCGAGCUUAGCUUCUGAUUCAGCGGCCGCGUGUCUAAACGCAGCGGAAGGAAGGAUCAAAGAAGAAGAAGCAUAUGAUGCGUUGAGGUUCCUCGAGCUCGGCCGUGGUAUUAUCGCCGGUUUGCUGAUGGAUAUGCGCGUAGACGUUUCAGAUCUCAGGCAGAAAUACCCUGACUUGGCAGAGAAAUUCGUGUCGCUUCGGGACGAGCUGGAUCUUCCAGCAGACGUACGGAGAUUCCCCAGUCAUAGCGGCGACAUGGUUGGUGAUUGGGAAUCACAAGCAAAACGACGGCGUGAAGCCGACCAAGGAUUUAGCGAGCUCCUACCGAUUAUUCGUACUAAGCCCGGGUUCCACAACUUUCUUCUCCCACCCACUAGAGAUGAGUUGAUGGCUGCGGCAGACCCAGACCCGAUCAUCGUUGUCAAUAUAAGCUCUUAUCGGUGCGACGCAUUCCUCAUUGAGCAUUAUCGGAUUCGGGUGAUAAAACUACCUGAUCUGACAUUAGAAGACGUUCGGAAACAAGUUCGAGACCUACGAUCAGCAGACAUGACAUCAAUUCUCGAAUGGCUCUGGGAGGCCAUCUGUCGACCGUGCCUAGACGCACUAGGAUUUCAGACGUCAAUUGAUAAUUGUCCUCACGUGUGGUGGGUUCCCACCGGGCUUCUAAGCCAGCUACCACUUCAUGCGGCGGGCCUUCAUUCGCAAGGGUCUACUGAUACUGUCCUUGAUAGAGUCAUGUCUUCGUAUGCCUCGUCUAUCAAGGCACUAGUACACGGACGCCGGCACCAUUCUGAUAAUCCCUCCCAGUCCCCGUUCAACCAGGCUCUUUUGGUUGCCAUGAACAUAACACCAGGGAUAAAUGGGAAUAGAGAUCUUCAGUAUGCCAAAGAAGAAAUAGACAUGUUAAAAAGCAUUUGUUCAUCACUACAGUUAGUGCCAGUUACGCCGGCGCGGUAUAAGCGCAAUAUCAUGGAGUCUUUGAGGGGUUGUAAGGUAUUUCACUUUGCAGGUCAUGGGAGACUGAAUCCGGUAGAGCCCUCACAGAGUUGUUUGCUCCUUGACGAUUGGGAAACUGACCCGCUUACUGUGGGGGAUCUACGUGACCACAAGCUUCAAGGAAACCUGCCAUUUCUGGGAUAUUUGUCAGCAUGUUCGACUGGAUCCAACAAGGCGGAGAAUCUCGCUGACGAAGCCAUUCAUCUCGUCGGCGCCCUCCAACUAGCAGGUUUCCGACAUGUCGUAGGCACACUUUGGGAAGUAUCAGACAGUCAUUGUGUUGAUGUGGCCAGGGUUUUAUACGAGACACUCCACGAAGGCAUCACGGAUACCGCAGUCUAUCGAGGGAUUCAUCGCGCCAUCAAACGACUACGGGAUAAUGAUGUCGAGAGCGUGGAGAAAGGGAGGGAUGGUAUUUUAGUAGAUUUGGAGGCCAAAGCAAGAGUGCCGAAAAGCUUCUACUGGGUUCCCUACAUUCACUUUGGUGUUUAG